AUUAGAUCAAUGUAUUCGAAGCUUAGCAAUUUAGUUAUUAAAAUGUAAGUAGUCUACACACUACACUUAUAGGAAUCCAUUAUUUAGACCUUUUAACAUCUUUUUAUGUUUUUUUUAGACCUCAUACAUCAGAACGUGCCGGUAUAGCCACACCUGGAUCCAUAAGCGUUUCAUCUAGCUCACCUUCGUCGAUGCAUCGGGAUAGACGCCGACUGUCGGCUGCUGUCGAUACAGGUCCAUUGCCACUUCGACCAAGAAGCGCUUCUGAUGACGAAGGUAACGAAGGACUGCUUGUACCCAAUGCCUUGACUACUAAAUCUCGUAGUUCCGAAGAUGGUCUGCUCUUGCCGCCUCCUUGCACGUGCCCUUAUUUUGGCAAUGAGUCGACACCACCGAGGCGUAAUACAGAUGUAAUCAUUGUACCCGGAGGGGAUGUUAAUGACUGUAACGGGUUUUCUCGGAUAAGAAGUGAUGAGCCUUCCAUCUCCUACUCGAGGCGUUCAAGUCGCGGAGCGUCUUCUAUGGUUACAUGGGAAGAGGAAAGGAGAUGUGGAAGACGGGGUUCAAGUUUCGGCGUAUCUAGAACAACACUGGCAACUCCUGUGCGAAAUAUGCGGACCCGAAGGUCAUUAACAUCUCGAGCACAACCGGCUAAUCCAAGUCCAUAUCGCCACGCGAACCCACGGACACAUCACUCACGGAAUUCAAGCGUGAUAUCUCGGAACUCUUCGCGUCACGGGCGGAUUUUGCGUCUUGAACAGAAGGCCACUAAAGUCCUUGGAGUGGUGUUUUUCACGUUCGUUAUACUGUGGGCGCCUUUUUUUGUUCUAAACAUGCUACCAGCUAUUUGUCCUCGUUGGGAGAAAAACAUACCUUAUUGGGUUUUUGAUUUUGUACUGUGGUUGGGUUACUCAAGUUCUAUGGUGAAUCCGAUUUUCUAUACAAUAUUUAAUAAAGUGUUUAGACAGGCUUUUAAGAAGGUGCUGCUUUGUGAGUAUUGCCAGGGAUCAAGAUAGCCCGCCCCAUGGGAGCGCGUGCGGCCGAACUCGGACCCCGGCGUGAGCGCGCUCUCAGUCAACAGAAACAUUCGAUCUCAAUUCGUAUAAAACAAUAAAGCUCGUCAUUCUUCUUAUUUCUAAUAAUUUAUUUGAAAUGUGUUCUCUGCUGCAACUUCAGACCGAUAAUUAAAAUGUUGUUUAACAUCUUGGUAGCAAUAGGUACGUUUUGUAAUCGGCCAAAACGUUAAUUGGUACCUACUUAUAGUUACUCGUAUUGUCACCAUUAAAUUUGUUUUAUGCUAGAACAUUUUUAUCAAAUGAAGAAGUACAGGUAGAAAACUUAUAAAUGAUAAUAAACCAAUAAAAAACAAAAAUAACAUAAGUAAAAAAUCUUCUGCCAUAUUUGCUGAUUUUUGUAACUGAC